CAUUCCCGGCCCUCAGUGCCCCUGGCGCGGGCCGCUGGACUCCCCGCUGGACGCGCCGGCCCGGAGCGUCGGGCGCGCCUGCAGCAGCGCUUUCUUCAGGGCCGGCGGCAGCCCCGCUUCCGCGCUGAGACGGGAAAGGGGUGAAUUUCAUAGAAUCAUAGAAUACGAUGAGUUGGAAGGGACCCAUCAGGAUCAACGAGUCCAACUCCUGGUUCUGUGCAGGACACCCCAAGAAUCACACCACGUGCCUGAGAGCGUGGUCUCCAAAAGCUUCUUGGACUCGGAUAGGCUUGGUGCUGUGGCUACUUCCCUGGGGAAGCCGGUUCAGUGCUCAACCACCCUCUGAGAGAAAAAGUCUAAAUUAAUCUAGUUGCUGAGGAAAUGCCCCCGACAGAAGCCGGCGGGUGCGUGCACACAUUUCCCGUCAGUUGGUGAAACAUUUGGUUGAGCAAAGGGGUUUCAAGCUCUUCCCAACAGCCUGUAGUUCUUGUUUCUGUAUCAAGUGGAACGUGUAUUUUGCACCCAGUAAUUCUGAGAAAGCUUGUGGAAUGGUUGAUGGUGCAGAGAAUGUAGUCCUUGAAGCUGUAAAUCAGUCCCACAGGUGAUAGCUACUGUCUCAUUGUGGAGUCAUUAGAAAUAUAAACUCACAGUUUAGCCACUUCAAUAGCAAAGGAAACUUGAAGGCCAGUGCAAUCAUUGCAGGAUUAGAACAAAGAUGGACUGUUAAGAAAAGUAUUGAGCAUCUUCAAGGAAACAGAAAGCAGUGUGACACAAAAUAUGAGCUUUCUCAGAAACUUUUUUCUUUACAAGUGUCUGUUUGCAUUAACUUUUUGGAACCACAUCAGCCUGUCUGUGGAAGAGGAACUCUUCACAUCUGCUUCUAACAAUUUUCCAGAAGAUGGUUCUAACCAAGAAGUCAAGUGCCCGGCACUCCCGUGUACAAAUAGCCCUCAGUCCAAAGCUAGUUCUGAUUGGGUUGUGAUACAAAAUACUACAGAAAGCCUGUCAUUGUCAGAAAUCACAAAGUACAAUGUAGAAAAAUUGGUAACUUUAUUAUCUAAUUUCAGACAAGGAUCCAGGUUACAAAAUCUGACACUGACAAAUGUGUCAGUGGAAUGGAAUUCUCUUAUGAAAAUUUUUCAGACUGUAUGGCACUCAUCUAUUGAAUACUUCAAUAUUAACAGUGUAACACAACUGUCAGAAAUUGAAAGUUAUGACUUUGACUAUUCAGGUACCUCUAUGAAAGCACUGACAGCGAAGAAAAUUCUAAUCACAGACUUAUACUUCAUACAGGAUGACCUAUACAGAAUAUUUGCAGAUAUGAAUAUUGCAGACAUGUCAAUAAUUGAUUCAGAUAUGAUUCAUAUGCUUUGUCCUUCAUCUGAGAGUCACUUUAGAUACCUAAAUUUUUUAAAGAAUGAUUUAACAGAUUUACUUUUUCAAAACUGUGACAACCUGCUUCAGCUGGAGACAUUAAUCUUGCAGAAGAACAAAUUUGAGAGCCUUCCCAAGGUAAGCUUCAUGACCAGCCGUAUGAAAUCACUGAAACAUCUGGACAUGAGCAACAACCUGCUGCGCCACAGUGGUGCUGCCAUGCAGUGCCAGUGGGCUGAGUCUCUGACAGAGUUGGACCUGUCCUCCAAUCAGUUGGCGGAUGCUGUGUUUGAGUGCUUGCCAGUCAACGUCAGAAAACUCGGCCUACAAAACAAUCAGAUCAGCAGUGUCCCCAGGGGGGUGGCGGAGCUGAAAUCCUUGGAAGAGCUGAACCUGGCAUCGAACAGGCUGGCUGACCUGCCAGGGUGCAGUGACUUUCCAUCCCUGCAGUUCCUGAACAUCGAGAUGAAUUCGAUCCUCACCCCAUCUGCUGACUUCUUCCGGAGCUGCCCAAGGGUCAGGGAGCUGCAGGCCGGGCACAACCCAUUCAAGUGUUCGUGCGAGCUGCAAGCCUUUAUCCGCCUGGAGAGGCAGUCCGGGGGGAAGCUGUUUGGCUGGCCGGCGGCAUACGUGUGCGAGUACCCCGAAGGCUUGCGAGGAACGGAGCUCAAGGACUUCCACCUGAGCCAGCUGGCUUGCAACACGACGCUCCUGCUUGUGACAGCGCUGCUGCUGACGCUGGUGCUGGUGGCUGCGGCGGCCUUUCUGUGCAUCUACCUGGAUGUGCCGUGGUACGUGCGGAUGACGUGGCAGUGGACGCAGACGAAGCGCAGAGCUUGGCACAGCCCCACCAGAGAUCCGGGAACCGUUCUGCAGUUCCACGCGUUCAUUUCCUACAGCGAGCGCGAUUCGCUGUGGGUGAAGAACGAGCUGAUCCCGAACCUGGAGAAGGGGGAGGGCUGCGUACAACUGUGCCAGCACGAGAGAAACUUUAUCCCCGGCAAGAGCAUUGUGGAGAACAUCAUUAACUGCAUUGAGAAGAGCUACAAGUCGAUCUUUGUGUUGUCUCCCAACUUUGUGCAGAGUGAGUGGUGUCACUAUGAGCUGUACUUUGCCCAUCACAAGUUAUUCAGUGAGAAUUCCAACAGCUUAAUCCUCAUUUUACUGGAGCCAAUCCCUCCGUACCUUAUCCCUGCCAGGUAUCACAAGCUGAAAGCUCUCAUGGCAAAGCGCACCUACCUGGAGUGGCCGAAGGAGAGGAGCAAGCGUGCCCUAUUCUGGGCUAACCUGAGGGCAGCUAUUAGCGUUAAUCUGCCAGUAUCCAGGGAAGCAAUUGAGUAGGAGAGUGAUGUUACACCUACUAGUAAUAUGAGUGUAGGAAUGACUAACUUGAUGGUUUUGUAUUAAACUCUGUUAAUAUUUUUUUCUUUCUUCUUACAAUAUUCCUAGUUUGUUGCAAAAUGUAAUUGUGAUACAUACAGAUAUUGCUAUUGCUUAUUUGAGUCAUCCAAGUAGUCAGAAGUCAUCUGUAGUUGCCCAUCAUCAACAAAGAGAGAGAGAAAUUUUUGUAGUGAUUGACCUUAUAUUUAGGUUGCAUUUAUUUUGGACUUUUCCCAUUGGAAGCUAUAUUUGAAAGUAACAAGAAUAGUGGUUGGUUGGGUGUCAUCAGGCUGCCAAGGUACACAUUUAGUCUUUUAUCUGACAUGGAUGUUGUGGGGUUAAUAUUGCAGGGAUCAACUUUCUUGGAUUUAAUUAAAUAAUACAAAGAAGAAAACUCUUGUUUGAAUCCCAUCCAGUACAUUGGUAGAGUAGAUGUCAAGGGUAGAAUAUCCGCACCCCUUUAGCCUGUUUUCCUUUCCUGGAAGUCUUUCCCUUCAUCACAGAGAGAUUUUUUUGGGUAAGUGCUGAAAAGUUGAAUCCAUUAGUCCUUGUUUAAUGUUCUUCUUCCUUUGCUGUACUAACCAUGACCAGUUGCCUAGAGAUACCUGCCAAGUCAUAAUUUCGUAGAAUUUGCUGUUCAUUGUCUUCAAAUUCAUAGUUAAUACCUGUACUUUCUAAUUUUUUUAUAAUAUUGUAACAUUGCUGCUAUGAUCCUAUCAAACUAUACUGGUUUGCAUGUUUUUCCUGUUUCCUAAUACUUAGAAACUUGAUGUUUGGAGGUGAACCCCCUUUUAUCUCCAGGCUUCCACUGAACCUGUUACCUUGCUCAUUUAAUUAGCUGAGGAUCAUCACACAGGGGAAAAAAGAGUAAUUUUCCCUGGGAAAUAACUUCUCUGCUAAAAUCUUACUGAUUAAACUAAUGGUGUUUGUUGAUAGGAGACAUCUAGUAAUUUGCUGUGCUUGGAUUUGAAAGCCUAAUAAACUUCUCAUUCUUUCUGUGUUAUUAAA